UCAUUCCCACCAGGCGGUCACCAUGGCGAUGUUAGCGGUUGUUCUCGUAGCAGCGUUCCUUGGAGCUAAUGCUGAGAAAUCUAUCUCGUCCCCCUCCUAUCAGCGUCUGGUGAACUUCUACAAGCACCUGCUCCCCAACAGUCCCGUGUUGCUGGAGCUAUGGCAGGAACAUCUCAACAACUACACCGCCAUGCUGGAGCAGAAGCGGGCUGUUUACAGGUAUCCCGUCCCAAACUUCAACUGCCACACCACCACGCCGUGGGGAGGGCGUGACGCAACUUCCGUCCAUAACCUUCACCCUGGUGAUAUCAAGGUCGUGGGCUCUAUUGGAGAUUCCCUCACGGCAGGUAACGGCAUUGACGCCAGCAACAUCCUUGGUGACCUCGUGGAAUACCGUGGACUUUCAUGGAGUAUCGGCGGGGAUGGUAGCCUAGAGACAGGGGAGCUCACUCUGCCAAACAUUUUAAAAAAGUUUGACAGGAAUGUGUACGGCUAUUCCCUGAAGACGGGAGGACAGAGCAGCGCCAAUGCUAUGUUCAAUCUAGCUGAUCCAGGAGAUACGUCAUUUGACAUGCCCGAACAGGCACGACUGUUGAUAGACAAAAUGAAGGCCGACAAGAACGUCGAUUUUCUCAAUGACUGGAAAGUCAUCACCGUCUUCGUUGGCGGCAACGACCUCUGCGACUCCUGCCACGACACAGCCAAGUACGCCGCCAGCAACUACGGCGCCAAUAUCCGCCAGGCCCUUGACCUCUUCCACAAGGAGCUACCUCGCACCUUCGUCAACCUCGCCACCAUCUUCGACAUCGCACCCGUCGCCGCCCUCAGCACGGGGUUCUUCUGCAGCUUUGUCCACGCCUUGGUUUGUGACUGUGGAGACAAUCGGAACAACGCUGGCUAUUUGCGGGACCUCGCACAUGCCUACCAACAUGAGCUGUCGACUCUCGUCGCCUCCGGCAGGUAUGACACGAGAGAUGACUUCACCGUUGUACUCCAGCCUUUCUUCACCAACACAGAGCCUCCAGCCAAGCCCGGCACCCCAGGUGACAUUGACAUGACCUUCUUCUCCCCCGAUUGCUUCCACUUCAGUGGUAAAGGUCACGGCGCAGCCGCACUCUCCCUGUGGAACAACAUGAUUGAGACCGUUGGACACAAACAGCUCGAGUGGCAUCUGGAUCAGCCGUUCCUCUGCCCUGGAAGUUUUAAGGGGCAAGAUCACUGGUUCUUUGCGACAACGAAGAAUUAGUUUCCUGGUGCCUGCAAUAUCAACACUUUGUAUUAGAGGUACACAUCGACCGAUCACCUGGUGAAGGAGAAAGAAAUUACUCCGAAAAGUCGUGUUCCUCAAAAUAAAGAAGUUGACAUCCAUAAA